AUGCACCGCCCGCCAUCCCCCGCGCCUGCUCCGCCAUCGUCCCCGCCGUGCGCGGGGAACUCCCCUGACGACGCCACGCGACGGACUGCGAGUCGCCGGGCGUCGCAGGAGCGCACGGCGGAGUUGCUGCAGCAGUCGUUCCGACCUAAGGCGCAGCCAUUAACGCCACACGCUCACGCCCGCGCGCCCAUUCCGGGGUUGCCUGAUGGUGGCGGCGGGAUGGAACGGCGGAGGGGCGCGAUGAGAAGCAGCAGUGGCCCGCGGGAGGGUCGGUUUGGGGGAGGGCCUCUGCGGGGGACGGAGAGUCCCGCGGUGCCGGGACGCGUGACGCUGAGAAAGCAACUGUCGAGCGACAUCGCGCCGCUGCUGCUGCGGCUGAAGCGACAGGCCACGCCCACGCGCGUCCGCAGCCAGUCGCCCGUGCUGUCGCCUGUGCAGUCGCCGCGCGACGUGUGGGAGGCUGCAGAGGCGGGGAGGCUGUUUGAUUGGACCAGCAGGGGCACGGAGUGUACUGCUGCGAGUCCCGGUGGAAGCGCCAUGGCUGAUGAGGUGUCGCUCGCUGAACAGGAGGCUCGGUUGAAGAAGAAGUAUGGCGGGGCUCUGCCAAAGAAAAAAGGACUUCUUUCCAAGGGCCACGAGAGGGCUUUCUUCGACUCCGCCGAGUGGGCCAUUCAAAAGCAAAAGGGCGCCAAACUGGCAGCACCAGCAGAGGAGGGGCUGCAGCCGAAGCUAGAGCCUACCCCACAUCAACCUGCCACGGGUCGUCGCUCUGGACUGGCUGAAGGCUGA